AUGUCGGCAUUCAACUCACAACAAGCUUCGGGAACGACUAAUGGAGAUGCAGGUGGUCCAGCAAUCAACUUGAAACCACCCCGUAUACCUUUCCGGCCUGUACGGCAAUCACGCCAAACGUUCUUCCUCCAUCCGGGCUACCCCGACAAUCAUAACAUUCUUCUCAUUCUUCCGGCUCUCGACUCAUGUGGAAUUCACCAUGAAACAGCGCGCAUCGCAUGUGCUAUCCUUGCCAAUUCCAGAUGGGACGGCUUUCUAUCACUCACAAGGGACGGCCCAAAACUCGAGGAGCACCCCGAUGGUGUUCUUCUGUCUCGCCGAUAUUACUUUCGUGUGGAAGGAGAUGAUCGAUAUCCCGUUGUACCAUCUUUUGAUAACUUCUCAUGCCCCCCAGAGCUUCCUGAAUCAUGGUGUGAGAAAGUCGCUCCGAUUGAACAGAGCAGCGUGGACGACGUCGGCAAACGCGACCAGAUUUGUCGAGUCACUGGCUCCUCACUUCCAAACGAAAACGCGCACAUCAUUCCCCAGGCCCAGAGUGAUUGGUGGCAACGUAAUAGUAUGUUUGCAUUUACCGUAAAUGCGGAUCAAGGCUUUGAUACGAAGUGUCCUGAUAACACAAUCCUUGUCCGACGCGACACACACAAGAUGUGGGAUGAUCAUCGAUUCGCCAUCGUGCCCAAGGCAGGGAAAUGGGUUUCUCAUGUCCUAUGGAAUAGCGCAACCGUGGAAUUGGAAGAAGAGUACCACAACCUCGAGCUUCAACCACUCCGCGGUGUUUCAAGAUACUUCCUUCUUUGCCGAUUUGCGCUUGCCAUCUUAUCUAAGAGCGCUUUUCUUAGUCAGGGUGUCCCGCGUCGAUUAAUAACCGUAUCCGAGUCAGGGUCUACCCGUGUCCGUUCCAUGUCGGCAGACGAGUACCGUGGCAUGUUCAGCACGGGUCGCGCCAACAGUCGAAGCCAAAGCCCGAAGAAGCGACAACGAUCGACACAGAAUGAGGAACAAGGGGACGAAAAUACUGAGCAUCCGUACACAGAGACACCCUCGGACACAGACCAUAAUCUGGAAGAGCCUGAACGGGGUAGACCUCGGAAAAGGAGGUGCAUAUGUGGCGACGAUGUGGUUGGAAUCGGGAUGAGCGAGACUUCCAAACCAUGGCCAUUAUCCAGUAACUACGAAUGUUUCGGGACACCGCCACGGUCUACAAGUCCCACAUGA